AUGGAUCUUGACUAUCAAACAACUAAUAACGACUCUGACUAUUUAGCGGAUACCAUUGAUGAUCAAGUAUUAUCUGAUAAACCUCGUAUUUUACUUAUGGGUCUUCAAAGGAGUGGUAAAUCGAGUAUUCAGCGCGUAGUGUUUGGUAAAAUGCCACCCAACGAUACUCUGUAUUUAGAAAGCACCACCAAAAUACAAAAAGAAGAUAUCACACGUUCUUUUAUCGACUUUCAAAUCUGGGAUUUCCCGGGCCAAAUUGACUUUUUUGAUGAAAUGGCUUAUGAUCCACAAGAAAUCUUCAGUACAGUAGGUGCCUUGAUCUUUGUGAUUGAUGCCCAAGACGACUAUAACGAAGCCUUACAUCGGUUGUUUACAACAGUUACCAGUGCAUACCGUGCUAAUCCCAACAUUACAUUCGAAGUCUUGAUUCAUAAAGUAGAUGGAUUAUCAGACGAUUACAAGAUUGAUACUCAGCGUGAUGUGCAACAACGUAUGGGAGAUGCAUUGGCAGAUGCUCAGCUUGAAUACAUUCAUUUGACUUAUUAUUUAACCAGUAUUUAUGAUAAUUCGAUUUAUGAAGCAUUCAGUAAAAUCAUUCAGAAACUGAUUCGAGAAUUACCUACGCUAGAAAACCUAUUAAACGUCUUGUGUUCAAAUUCGAGUAUUGACAAGGCUUAUCUGUUUGAUACUUUAACCAAGAUCUAUAUUGCAACAGACAGUUCACCUGUUGAUAUGCAGUCGUAUGAAAUCUGUUCAGAUAUGAUUGAUGUCUGUAUUGAUGUUGAAUGUAUUUAUGGUGCACAAGGCAUGAGUCCAAAUAACCUGUCUUUAUCAGACACACCUGAUCGUCAUCAUGGUUUGUUAUUAGAUGGUCAUCAAACACCUGUUUCUAUUGACCAAGAUCAAAUGGACCCUGAUGCUCAAAGCCUUGAACGUAGACUCAUAGAACAUCAACAACAGCAAACAACGUCUUCAGAUGCAGAGGCUUCUAGCUUGAUUAAAUUAGAUAAUGGCGAUGUACUUUAUAUGAGAGAAGUCAAUCGACUCUUGGUCUUGAUCUGUCUGUUGCGUCAAGAUAAUUUUGAAAAGCAUGGCCUUAUUGACUAUAACUUUCAAUGCUUUAAAGAAGCAGUGACUGAAGUGUUUGAAUUCUCAAGAAAAAGAAAUACCCAACAACAACAACAACAACAACAACAAUAA